CACGUGACGAAAGGUCAACCGUUUCGCGGGAAUCAAAAUGGCGAACGACAUGACGUCGACAGCAGUGGACCUGGUGCAGUGUCCUGUUUGUUUUAAAAACUUCCAGCCCGCCGCGAUCAACGGACACCUCGACGCGUGUCUGCUGGGAAACGGCACCGACACCGGCACCGGCCCGUUCGCUGGCGCCGACCGCGAACCUCCAGUCAAGAAGCCCCGCGUCGGUGCGGAGGUAGCGCCGCCCAGCCCCGCUGUCAACAAACCCGCGAGCGCCCCCUCCUCGGCCGCGUGGACGCCGCCGCCCGCUACGUUUGCUCUAUUUCAGACCAACAAGACUAAAAUAUCGGUUCAAGGCGAACGAGGUGACCUGUUCACAAGUAAACAAGUCGUUGUCGCUUCCGCACACAAGGGGGUUAAACGUACUUUGCGGGACGAGGCUUCAGCUGGUGCUGAGGCGCGCGCGCGCGUGUCCGGCGGACAGACUAUGAAGCUGCUGGCGACCAACAAGCCUUUAGCGGAGACUCUGAGACCGAGCACGCUGGAGGAGUAUUUCGGCCAGAACAAGGUUGUCGGUCAGCAAACACUUAUCCGAACUCUUCUCGACUCCCAGGAAAUCCCGUCUCUGAUCCUGUGGGGACCUCCGGGAUGCGGAAAGACCACUCUAGCUCACAUAAUUGCCAGCGCCAGCAAAAAGCACGGCGCGGCUCGUUUCGUCACUCUGUCCGCUACCAGCGCGUCCACCAGCGAUGUCCGCGAGGUGAUCAAGCAGGCGCAGAACGAGCUCCGGCUGUGCAAGAGGAAGACCAUCCUGUUCAUCGAUGAAAUCCACCGCUUCAACAAAUCCCAGCAGGACACCUUCCUUCCCCAUGUGGAGUGUGGGACUGUAACGCUGAUCGGGGCGACCACGGAGAAUCCGUCCUUCCAGGUGAACGCUGCCCUGUUGAGCAGGUGCCGGGUUCUGGUUCUGGAGAAGCUCUCUGUGGAGGCAAUGGGCUCGAUCCUGGACCGGGCCGUGGCUGCGCUGGGGAUCCGAGUUCUGGGACGAGAAUCAGCAUAUGUCAAAGAUGAAGACCAGACAGAUGGACAUGGGCAAAAGAUUUACAUCGAGAAAAAAGCUCUGGAGACCAUCGCCUACCUCUGUGAUGGAGAUGCAAGAACGGGGCUCAAUAGUCUGCAACUGGCCGUCCAGGCUCAGGUGAGCUCCAACCAGUCCAAGCUGUUCCUACAAGAAGGUUCUUCUCACGACGUCCUGGUGACGGAGGAGCACAUCAAGGAGGGUCUUCAGAGGUCCCAUAUUCUGUACGAUAAAGCUGGUGAGGAGCAUUACAACUGCAUCUCCGCGCUGCACAAGUCUAUGCGAGGCUCCCAUGAGAGCGCCUCCCUCUACUGGCUGGGCCGCAUGCUGGAGGGCGGAGAGGACCCCCUGUACGUGGCCCGGAGACUGGUCCGCUUCGCCAGCGAGGAUGUCGGUAUGGCAGAUCCCUCCGCUCUCCCUCAGGCUGUGUCUGCCUUCCAGGCCUGUCACUUCAUCGGCAUGCCUGAAUGCGAGGUGAUCCUGGCUCAGUGCGUGGUGUACCUGGCGCGCGCACCCAAAUCUGUGGAGGUCUACAAGGCCUAUAAUAAUGUGAAGGCCUGCUUGAGGAACAACAAGGGCCCGCUGCCUCCGGUGCCAUUGCACCUGCGCAACGCUCCCACCAAGCUGAUGAAGCAGCUGGGCUACGCUAAAGGCUACAAAUACAACCCAAACUUCAGUGGCGCUGUGGAGCAGGAGUAUUUACCUGACGAACUGCGGGGCAUUGACUUCUUCACCUGGAUGCCUUCGAACCCAUGAGAGUCAAUAUUGUGUAAAGGCUGUAUGUGUAAAUUAAUUAAAUUCAUUCAUAUUUGUCCACUG